AUGGCCAGCUUCAUGUCGACCUUCUUCCCCGGCAGCUCCAGCGCGCGGGCUGGAGACGCACACGCCGAGCCUCGCCCCGUCACGCCCACCAUGAACAGCAACAGCUUCAUCAACCCGCUCAACACGCCGCUGGGCAGCCCCAGCAAACGGACGAUGCCGCCCGGCGCGAACGACCUGCCCACCGCCUUUGACGCCGCCAUGAACCUCAACCUGGGCUCCAACGAGGAAGAGGCCGCCCUCCCCCUCGAUGGCAGCGUCGUGCAGAAGAAGAUGCCAAAGGUGGACAAGGUAGAAAAGGCGGAAAAGGCGGACAAGGUGGAAAAGAUGCAGAGGACAGAAAAGGGGAGGGCCUCGCCUGGCUCACCGCGCAAGCGACAUGCCCAGCCCGCUCAGGCUCAUGAUGCAAAUGCGCCGCCGGUGCCUCGUCUCGCCCAAGACCAAGACCGCCACCCGCACCACAGCCAUGCCGCGCUCUCUCGCCAGCAGAUGUACGAUACCAAGGGGGAGCGUCCCAUCAUCGCCAAGAGGUUUAACACGGCUCGCGGCUUGACGGCCGAGGAGCGUGAGAUUCUGCAGCGGCCCAAUGUGCGCCGCAUGGUCAAUGUUACCCAGCUUUACUUCCUCGACUACUACUUUGACCUGCUCACAUAUGUCGGUGCGCGGCAGAAGCGCCUCGCCGCCUUCAAGAGCGAGUUCCCAGCAUCCCCCGAGACUGACCCGGAAACCCACCGAGUGUGGUCCAAGUACACCGGCCGAGAGCGCGCCAACCUUCGAAAGCGUCGCAUCCGAUUAAAACAGGGCGAUUUCCAGAUCCUCACCCAGGUCGGCCAGGGCGGCUACGGCCAAGUCUUUCUCGCUCAGAAAAAGGACACGCGCGAGGUGUGUGCGCUCAAGGUGAUGAGCAAAAAGCUGCUCUUCAAGCUGGACGAGGUGCGCCACGUUCUGACGGAGCGAGACAUCCUGACGACGGCGCAAAGCGACUGGCUGGUUCGGCUCCUGUACUCGUUCCAGGAUGAUAAGAACAUCUAUCUCGCCAUGGAGUACGUGCCUGGCGGCGACUUCCGUACUCUCCUUAACAAUACGGGGGUGCUGUCCAACCGACAUGCGCGCUUCUACAUUGCCGAGAUGUUCUGCUCAGUCGACGCUCUCCACAAGCUCGGUUACAUCCACCGCGACCUGAAGCCCGAAAACUUCCUCGUCGACUCCACGGGCCAUGUCAAGCUGACCGACUUUGGCCUCGCUGCUGGUGUUUUGGCCCCGUCAAAGAUUGAAUCCAUGCGCAUCAAGCUGGAACAGGCUUCCGAGACACCAGUGCCAUUUGGCAAACCAAUAGGUCAGCGGACGGUGGCCGAACGUCGUGAGAGCUACCGAACCAUGCGGGACAAGGAUGUCAACUACGCAAAGUCCAUUGUCGGCUCACCAGACUACAUGGCUCCAGAGGUUCUCAGAGGAGAAGAGUACGAUUACACGGUGGAUUACUGGAGCUUGGGCUGCAUGCUGUUCGAGGCCCUGACCGGCUUCCCUCCAUUCGCUGGUUCGACCCCUGACGAGACGUGGCGUAAUUUGAAGCACUGGAAAGAGGUUCUUAAGAGGCCCGUCUGGGAAGACCCCAACUACUUUUUGAGCAACCGGACGUGGAACUUUAUUACUACAUGCAUCAAUUCACGCACCAAGCGCUUCAGUGAGAUCAAGGACAUCUUUGCCCACCACUACUUCGCCGAGGUCGACUGGGAGACGCUGCGCCAGACCAGGGCGCCCUUUGUGCCAGAGCUGGACUCUGAGACGGAUGCCGGCUACUUUGACGACUUUGGCAGCGAUGCCGACAUGGCCAAGUAUAAAGAGGUCCACGACAAGCAGCAGGCCUUGGAAAGCAUGGCCGAGCGCGAGGAGGAGAUGAGCAAGAGUCUCUUUGUCGGCUUCACGUUCCGGCACCGCAAGCCUGCUACCGAUGACGGUGACGGCAGCAACAGCCCGCGGAAGCGCAUCCCGACCGACGACUCGUUUGGUACCAUGUUUUAG